UUCACCAUUACGCACCAAGAUGGCGGCAGCCACAGUGCUCAGCUUGGACAGUUUACCGUCUGACCCUUUGCUAUUGAUUCUGUCGUUUCUUGACUUCAGAGAUUUGGUCAGUUGCAGUCUUGUAAAUCGGCGUUUGAAUGAGCUGACAGGUCAUAACCCGUUAUGGAAGAGGCAUUGCCAGAAGCACUGGCUUCUCACAGAAGCUGAUAAAGGACAGAGAAGGCAGAGCUGGCGGGAAUUGUUCCAUGACUUUUACCUUGACCUUGGUCGCUACAUAGAUUACUACAGUACACUGAAGAAAGCAUGGGAUGACCUGAAGUCCUACCUGGGCCAAAAAUGCCCGCGAAUGAUUGCCUCCCUUAAAGAGGGGGCAAAAGAGGAAGAACUGGAUGCCAUUGAGGACCAGAUCGGCUGCAAGCUCCCCAAUGACUACCGCUGUUCCUACAGGAUACAUAAUGGACAGAAAUUGGUGGUGCCUGGGUUGAUGGGAAGCAUGGCCUUAUCUAACCACUAUCGCUCCGAGGACUUGUUGGACAUUGAGACAGCAGCAGGGGGAUUCCAGCAGAGGAAGGGCAUGAGACAGUGUCUCCCCCUCACCUUCUGCUUUCACACAGGACUGAGCCAGUACAUGGCUUUAGAAAGCACAGAGGGACGAACACGCAGCGAGAUCUUCUAUCAUUGUCCGGAUCAACUAGCACAAGAUCCAUCUGCUAUUGAUAUGUUCAUUACAGGCUCCAGCUUUACUGAAUGGUUUACAUCAUACGUUCAGAACGUAGUGACUGGAGAAUACCCCAUCAUCCGAGACCAGAUAUUCAGGUACGUCCAUGAUAAGAAGUGUGUGGCCACCACCGAUAAUAUAACCGUCUCAGUCUCGACCUCUUUCCUGCCUGAGCUCAGCUCUGUCCAUCCACCACACUUCUUCUUCACUUACAGAAUCAGGAUUGAGAUGGCGAAGUCAGCCCUGCCAGAGAGCGCAUGCCAGUUGGAUAGUCGCUACUGGAAAAUCACCAAUGCGAAUGGGAAUGUGGAGGAGGUCCGAGGUCCUGGUGUUGUGGGGGAAUUCCCAGUGAUGACACCUGGUAAAGUGCAUGAGUAUGCCAGCUGCACAACAUUCUCCACCACCUCUGAGUACAUGGAGGGCCACUACACCUUUCACAGACUCAAAAACAAAGCGGAGGUCUUCGAUAUCUCUAUCCCAAGAUUCCACAUGGUGUGCCCACCCUUCCGAGAGUCCAUGGUGCGCUCGAGCUCUGUAAGAGAGGUGCCUAUUGCUGUCUUUAACGAUGAUAACGACUCGGACACAGAUAACUUUGAGGAUGGAGAGCUGCAUGGUAUGAACAUGGCUGAUCCCGGUGGGCGCUGUCCUCGUCACAUCUGACACACAUAUAUAUUUCUUCCUUUUUCUUGCGCACGCGCACUUGUGCACACAUACAUGCAUGCAUCAGUCCAAGGGAAAAGGAGAGCGAUGCUUAGGCGAUUGUUUAGUACACAAAGGCUUUGUGUCUGUCCUCCCAUGAACCGUACUCCCCUCUUGUCUCACGCACACACAGUGUAAGUUUUUGUUUUUUAUAUGACUUCAGUACUAGUAUCAUCUAAGAACUUUACACUGAACCAAAAAAUAGAGACUGCUUUUCUUAAAUAUUUACUACUGGGUUCUCACAAUACAGUAGUCAGGUGUUGCUUUAGGGUGUAGUCAGAUCAAAAUUGUACAUGUCAGUGUUUUUUUUUAUGUUAUGAGUUAGGUGUUGUUAUGAGAUGGUGUUAGAUGUCAUAAUCAGUGGAAGAUUAAGAUAGAUUAUAUAUACUAAAAGCACAGCAAUCAAACUGAAACAGUGCUGGCACAUUUGCUCAACACCACCAUCCUAAUUUCAGCUUUUGUUUCUGUUUGGGUAGUUCAUCUAGACAUCUUGUCUCAGUGACCAGCUAGGGUGUGUGAAGAACUUUAAUAUAAUAUAAAUAAUGUGAAUAAUUCCUUUACAAGGUAGUCACAGGUUAGUAAGUGAAGUCAGUCAUUAAAUUUGAUUAAGGGGGAACAUACAGUAUGAUGAACACAUGGUGUUGAACUGGACUAGACUUUUUUUUGUGUGUGUGUAUAUAAAUAAAUAAAUAAAUAUAUAUAUAUAUAUAUAUAUAUAUAUACACAUAUACAUGCGCACACACACACUAUAUAUAUAUAUAUAUAUAUAUACUGGGAAUAGCGACUCAUUGUUUUUUCUUCCAUUACUCACACACACACACACACGCAUACACAAUGGGUGAAUCGUCUCUAAGGAAAGACAACGUUAGUCACUGUUUCUCCUAAGAGUCUAAAUAUUGCUAGUAUUAGAUUCUAAAUGUAUUAAAAUUUUUGUUUAAAUUACGGAGUGCAAUAGGGUUUUCAAUUUCAGUACACAUCUUAUUUGUAAAUGUGUUUUCUAUGUUUGGGUAAAUAAACAGAAAAUUAUAUACUUUA